UUUUAAUUAUUAUUCGCAAACAGUUCUUAUUAAAUUAGUAGAUGAUGUUUAACGGAAAUCUGUAUUCAUUUUAUUUAUACGUAUUGUUAGUAGUUCUGUUACCAAUACUUGUAGUCCUUAAGGAUGACAAUGGAAAUAAUACAUUUAUAUCUAAUUCAAUACCCAUACAUUCUCGAUUGGAUUUACAGAGCGUUAAAAACGAUCAAAUGAGUUUGAAAGAUGUAAACGAUUUCAUGGUAGAAGAUGAUAAUCGAAAGUAUACACUGGCAGAAACAUUACGAAGAACCUUCAAUGAAUUUGAAGAAUUAUUUGAAAAUAUUGUAGAUAUUAUUGCUAAAAAUGUGCCGAAAAUAGCUCGAGAUGCUGAAAUCUUUCUAGCCAAAUUAUCGAAUCGAACGAUGGACGCUUUGAAUAUUUUUAGUAAUAAAAUUCUUAACGAGGGCGAUGAUCUUCUCAACGAAAUGUUUUAUAAUAUUGAACGUCAGUUGGAUUCUGUAAGGAAUGAAUUUCAGAAUUUAGCCAUCAGUGUCGAUGAACACUUCAAUUGGGCUGUUACACAACUCAAUCAGACACUAAUAAAUAAUACCGAAGAAUAUGAUUGGUGGACAGCAAAUAUAAAACAAAAAUUACGCUCUGUAAAUGAUACGAAGCUGUACCAAGAGGGCUGCAGAGCCAUUGAUGAAUUCUUAAACAAAAGUACAAAAGAAUUGCACAAUUGUUGUAAAAUUACCAUGAAACCAAUGCGAUCAUUAUGUAAAUCUGCCAGCUCCUUAAUCACUGAAGCCUUGCAUACAAUAGUGGAUGCGAUUGACAGAAUGCAAACUUGUCUAGAGGACAAGAGAUCAUAUUUGGAUUAUAUGUUGCCUUGCAUACAUUUGGCUUACGAUGAAAUAAGUAGCUUAGUUUCCCGAGCGGCUCAAAUAACACAUCAAGUAAAUAACAUGCUUCCAAUGAAAAUUAUUUAUACUCGAAGCUGUUUUGCUAUUGUUAUGGUUGAUAUGAAUGUUCGACGUAACAGCAUAGAGUCUGGCUUAUUUUCCAAUUAAACUCAAUAUUUAAUAUAUUUCGGGCUUAUACAAAACCAUUGUACUCUUAAUUUCCGGAUGAUUACUUUGAAAGUGUUUUAUUUUUUCUAAUUAUCUUAAUUAUCAGUAAAAACCGAGAAAAAUUCAAUAUUAAAAAUUGUUUAAUUUCAGUCGUCGGCCAAACCAUAUUAUUUUUAUUUUUAAGUCGUGACUCAUCGUGGAUACAACAACUGUGAAUUGGCAAAUUGUAACUUUCUUUGGAACAAUUGUUUGUUUAUUGUUAGUUUUGACUCUAUGAUCACUGAUUACUAACAGCUGAUAUUCACAAAAUCGUUCUAGUGUAGAUUUAAAACACAAAAUAGUUGUUAAUGUCGCUUUAGUCUUAAAAUCUAUAAACAAAUAAAAAACUAACUUUCACUAA